AUAAGAUCGUGAAUAAGUGUAAAAGAGUUCUAAAUGUAAUGAAAUGUAUGGCAGGACAAGAGUGGGGAGCAGAUAGAGGGGCGCUUCAAACAGUAUAUGUAGCAAUGAUACGAUCUGUGCUAGAUUAUGGAAGCAUGGCAUAUGGGUUGGCUGCAAAAUCACAGUUGGCGAAGCUAGACAGAAUUCAAGCACAGGCAUUGAGAAUUUGCUGUGGAGCAUAUCCAACUACACCUAUAGCAGCAAUGCAAGUGGAGAUAAAUGAAAUGCCGCUUAAUAUCAGAAGACAACAGUUAAUGGCUGUCUAUUGGGCAAAUCUAAUUAGUCAGGAUGAGAUGCAUCCAACAAGGAAAAUAUUAGAAGAAUGUUGGGAACAAGGGAGGAAGAAAUACAAGAGUUUUGGACGGGUGGUAGAAGAUGAUAUCAAAGAGAUGGGGAUAGAUAAUAGAUGUGUGCCAAGAGUAAUACAUCCGAAUAAUCCUAUAUGGAUUUGUUCUCAACCAGAAAUAGAUUUAACCUUGUUGAAGAUGAGACAUAGAGAAGGAAGUAAUGAGAUGGAAGCAGUAAAAACAAAUGAGUAUUUAAGAAGUAGGUAUGGAGAGCAUAUACGGAUAUACACGGAUGCGUCCAAAAGAGGAGAGAGAAUAGGCGUGGCAGUCUAUGCACCAAAAUUACAGGUGAGGAGGAAAGCUAGAAUUAGUGAUCAAUUAUCAGUAUAUACUGGGGAGCUGAUGGCUAUAGUGUUAGCAGUUCAAUUAAUUAAAGAAAGGAGAAUUAAUAAUGCGGUCAUAUGUUCAGAUUCAUAUUCAGCAAUAACCAGUAUUGAUAAUCAAAAAUCAGAAACAAGACCAGAUUUAAUGAUGGAGAUCCUGCAGAAUCUAUUUGAGUUGAAGCAAAGUAAAAUAGAAGUGCAGUUUAUGUGGGUGCCAGCCCAUGUGGGAAUUAAAGGAAAUGAAGAAGCAGAUAAAUUAGCCAAACAAGCAGUAGAUGAGGAAAUGGUAGAAAUUGAGAUAACACAUAGUAUAAAGGAAAAAAAAUCAGUAAUAAAAGAGAAAAUGAUUAAAAAGUGGCAACAAUAUUGGGAUAAUGAAAGUAAAGGGAGACAUUUAUAUGCAAUACAAAAGAAAGUGGGAGAAGGAAGGAAAAAGGGAGAAAUAGAAGGGAGGAAAGUAUAA